AUGACGUGGCGUGGCCAUUCCUUCUCCGGCUGUCCUGACAGCGUGUCCUUACUGGGCCUCCCCUCGCCGCUGCUCUUUUCCCUCCUAUCAUUUGAAGAGGAGAGACACCACAGUCCUGACUUGAGGAGCCCCGUGUCCGCCCAGGCCGUGGUGAAGCAACCCACGCGCGGAGCCAGCGCGAGGACGGUGGUCACGGCCAUCGUGCCGACCGGUGGGGACUGGAGCACCGGCCUCUUCAGCGUCUGCAGAGACAGGAAAAUCUGUUUCUGUGGUCUAUUUUGUCCCAUGUGUCUGGAAUGUGACAUCGCCAGGCAUUAUGGAGAAUGUCUUUGUUGGCCCCUGCUACCCGGGUCUACCUUCGCGUUGAGAAUUGGCACCAGAGAGAGACAUAAAAUCCAGGGCACCUUGUGCGAGGAUUGGCUGGCGGUGCACUGCUGUUGGCCUUGUUCCAUCUGUCAGGUGGCCCGGGAACUCAAGAUGAGAACCUCCCAGCUCUAUGAAAUCUGUGAAGUCCCUUCAACUAAGGACACCCUGGUCUGACAGAACAAGGUCACUCCUUUUUCUUAUUCCUUUCUCCGCCCCCCCCUCCAAUCCCUUUCAGUAGAUUCUUGACUUUUCACUCAGAUAGUAGAAAAAUAAAUGAUAUCUUCCAUGGCCACCUCUGUUGUUGUUGUUUUCUUUACAUAUUUCCAGAUGAAAACUUUAGUAAAUAGUUUGAAUUUGCUAUCCCAGGGCAGCCUUACAAAGUGUAUUCCAGCUUGCCUCUUACCUGUAAUCCUAGCU